CUUAUGUAGCUCAUAAUAGCUUCAGGUCUUCUAGUGAGAAUAAUUUCUUCUUUGGUUAGUAAUAGUAUCAACUACAGUCUAUAUCAUGUGUGAGUUAUUUUUAGGAACCUGGAAACUCAUUUCUAGUGAAAACUUUGACAGCUAUAUGGAAGAACUGGGGGUGGGUUUUACUACUAGGAAACUUGGCAGCCUGGCCAAGCCCAGUGUGGUCAUCAGCACCAAUGGGGAUAUAAUAACCAUCAAGACAGAGAGCACCUUUAAAAACAUAGAGAUCUCCUUCAAGCUGGGGGAAGAGUUUGAAGAAACCACAGCAGAUGACAGGAAAACCAUGAGCACUGUAACCUUGGAUGAUGGCUCUCUGACUCAGGUGCAGAAGUGGGAUGGCAAACAGACCACAAUAAAGAGAGCGCUGGUGGAUGGAAAGAUGGUUGUGGAAUGCACCAUGAACAAUGUCACCUGCACUAGAGUCUAUGAGAGGGCCUGAGGCAUUCCCAUCUCCACACCGGGUCAGAACUUGCUGCUGAGAAUCAGUUCAAGGACUGUAGCUGCACUACUCUGCUAUCUGCUUGCACAAGCCUCUUGCUUCACCUUGAGAAACAAAUGCAUUCAAAGCAGUUCUGUAACUAACUUGAGCUAUUGGUGACUGUGGCUACUAAAUAAAUCACUUCUGAACACAUGGUG